GCAUACAAAGCGGCAAAAGCAUCAGCCGCCGCUGAAAACCGUCUUUUUAAAAUCUCCUCCUGAAGAAGCCACUCCUUCUGUGUCUACAAAAUCACUCUUAUUUUGCCUUGUUUUCUCAGAUUCCCACCGCAAUUUUCUCGCCCCACAAACACUCCCUAAAUCCUCGCUAAUACCACACGCUUCACAACCAACCGAUCCCUACCCUACUCUCUACCCUUUUCCUCCAUUUUCACCAUGCACUUUCUAAGACCACCAAUCCAUGGUAAUGAUAAAUUAAAGAAGACUAAUAAUAAACUUUUUCUAUGUUUAAGGCCUGCGGUUGUGGAAGAUUUUCUUGCCAAUUCAAAGGGUGGCACUGCUGCAAGUCAAGUUCUCAAGCUUAUUGAUAUGGAACGUAAAGAUGGAGUCCUUUUUCCUAGUGUUUAUCCGUCGCCGGAGGGAGAUGCCGCCAUUGCUCGUCAGAAUAAGAAGAGUAAGAAGAAGUUUUUGCGCGCAGUGAAGGCUGUUUUCUUUGAGACUUCAUUGGCCAAGAAGAUUAAGAAAAGAACAUCUACCAAGAAAAAGAAGUAUUCUACUGGAGAAACAAUUUCCAAUGUUGACAAGGAUUUGGACUUAGUAAAAGAGAAGUUACUACAUCAAAAACUUUCCAAGAAAUUUACAGGAAGAAAUAUUGUUUCUUAUUAUGCUCCUUCCGUGAAUUCAUCCUCCGUUUGUUCAUCUGCUCCGUCAUUAAAUAAUUCAAAGCGGUUCCUAGAGAGGGUAAUUUCGCUCGGACCAUCAAACCCAAUCCUGGAGAACAAUAUAAAGAAGCAAGAGAAUGGAAAAGUUCAUUACGGAUCAAAUACAGGGCUGUUCUUGCUUCUUGUAACACUUACGGUUCUGGUUUUAUGGGGUAAAGUAUAUGCUAUCCUGUGUACUUCGACAUGGCUUUUCUUCGUCCCGAAUUGGAGUAAUGUUUCAGGCAAGAAAUUACUGAAGAAUGGCAGAGUUCAUUCGCAAUCAAUGGAUUUGGAGGAGUACAAGAAGAAGAUUAUUAUGGAAGGGUUUCUGGACAGAAAUCGGAACCGCUUUCCAUAGCCAAUUGCAUUGCGGCAGGCAUAUAUUAUACAAUAGAGAGAAGACUGACCCGAUAAUUUCCAAUAACUUUUUUGUGUAGUUUUUGCUGGCUGAAGUGUACAUAUAAAAUUUUUCUUCAGGUUUUUGAGUUGCGAUUGUAUGUAAGGGCUACUUUGCAAUAAUGCAAUAUAGCUAGCCUCAUUGUUUUUCAUUAUUGUUUAAUUCUCUGGUUACAUCUUUUGUGGAGGCUUCAAAUUUAAAAAUGUAAUGGCGUUCUAUAUUGUGAAGCGAAUGAAUAUCAUAGGCGAACAACUUUUUUUUUAA